AUGACACCAAUUGAUGAAACAAAUGGAAAUAUAGCAAGAAAAAUCAUAUCAUAUCUUGAAAAUGGGAAGAUCCAAAAGAAACUCCUUAAAUUCUUAACUAUUGACUACUGCCUUUGGCUGAAUGAACAAGUUCGAUUAAUCCUAAAAGAAGAACCUAAUGUUGUUUAUCUUGAAGGAAAAUUUGUGAUUGUUGGGGAUUUACAUGGCAAUUUCAAUGAUUUAGAUAGAAUAUUGUCCAAUACAUGGAAAAAAGAAAAUAUUAAAUUCGUUUUUCUUGGUGAUUAUGUUGACAGAGGUCAUUAUUCAUAUGAAGUAAUUUCACUCUUGUUUACAAUGAAACUUCUCUUCCCAAAUAGAGUUCUUCUUCUCAGAGGAAAUCAUGAGAACCAAGAUGUUACCGAGAUAUAUGGAUUUAAAGAUGAAUGCCUUUCAAAAUCUAGCAAAGCAGUUUAUAGAUCAUUUCUCGAGUCAUUUAGAACACUUCCUCUCUGCGCAAUUCUUAAUUAUCGAGUCUUUUGCGUGCAUGGAGGUAUUAGUCAAUACAUCAAAACUAUUACCCAAAUUAAUGAAAUCAAUAGAUUCUGUGAAAUCCCCGACUCCGGGCCGAUGAUGGAUUUAUUAUGGGCCGACCCUGAUGAAGAAGUUGACGAAUUUGAAGAAUCAGACCGAGGAGAUACAUACAGAUUUGGAAUUUCUCCAACUCUGGAAUUCUUGAAGAUUAACCACUUAUCAUUAAUUAUUCGUGGUCAUGAAUGCGUAGAAGAUGGGUUUGAGUAUCCAUUUGAAGUCCUUGAUGAUGACUAUGGCAAAUGCAUCCUUACGAUUUUUUCUGCUUCUGAUUAUGUGGAUUACAGAAAUGAUGCAGCAUAUGGAGUUUAUGAUCGCAAAAUCGAAUUCCAUUCGCUUCCUUUAAUCAAGGAAAUAAGUAAUGAACACUUUGAAUCAGAUCAUCUUCACAUUCCACAGAAUAAUCCCAUUCUUGUUUGA